AAAAGAUCUUUCUUCAGGCAUGGGGCUCUAUAUUCGACACUGGUUUUCAAGUUGGACACUUAAUGAGGAAAAGAAUAAUUUGUCUUUAUUUCAUUUGGAAUAAAGAAAAAUGAACGUGUCGUCUGAAACAACGGUCUUUGAUGUAACAUCAACAUUAGACGUCACGACCGAAGCGCCAGACACGACCUGGUCUGCAAACACAACGAUGAGUGGAAGUGUGGCUACGGCAGUCAUGUCAACUGCAACAGAUCUUUCAACUAAUAUUGCGGAGACGACAACCCAUUUAUUUGAUACGUAUGGUAUUUUCAUACAUCCGCACUGGAAAAAUUUCCCUAUAGUUUCAGACGAAUGGCAUUACUUGAUUGGAAUAAUUAUAACUUGUGUUGGAAUAACAGGGAUCAUUGGAAACUCCCUCGUUAUUUGGAUGUUUACAAGGGAAAAGUCGUUACGGACAUCUUCGAAUAUGUUCAUUGUAAAUCUCGCCAUCAGUGACCUUACGUUCUCAGUUGUAAAUGGUUUUCCCCUGUUCAGCAUCUCAGCUUUUAACAAAAGAUGGAUAUUUGGGACAGCUGCAUGCGAAUUCUAUGGUUUGAUUGGUGGAAUCUUUGGGCUGAUGUCAAUAAACACCAUGGUGGCAAUAGCAAUUGACCGUUACUACGCUAUAGCUCGUCCUCUACACGUAGCUAAAUUCAUGACACGGAAACGAGCGUUUCUUAUGAUUGUAACUGUUUGGAUAUGGUCAUUUGUUAGCGCACUUCCACCUAUCUUUGGUUGGGGUCGGUAUAUUCCGGAAGGAUUUGGUACAUCUUGCACAUACGACUAUCUCACACGCACAAACAAUAACAUAACCUUCAUAUUUUUCCUCUACAUUUUCGGUUUUGCGGUGCCACUUGGUAUUAUCAUCCUCUGUUAUGCAAUGAUCAUAAGGGCCGUCAAGGUACACGAGAAUGAAAUGAAGAAAACAGCUAAGAAGUUGAAUGCAGAAAUGCGUUCGAAUCAGGACAAGAAAAAUAUGGAAAUCAGGGUAGCAAAAAUAGCAAUGUCGAUUCUUGUCUUGUAUCUUUUGUCAUGGAUGCCAUAUGCUACAGUCGCCUUGAUUGGAAUGUUUGGCGAUGCAUCAUUCGUUACACCAUUUUGGGCAGAAAUACCGGUGCUGUUUGCAAAGGCAUCCGCGAUGCAUAAUCCUCUAGUUUACGCACUCAGUCAUCCUAAAUUUAGAGCUGCUUUGCAGUCGCAUGCGCCCUGGCUGACUUGUUGCUGUAAACCUGAAGAAAAGCCCGCACUGUCUACAGGUACUUCAUUUAAGGACCGAAAUGCCAGUAAAAGGAGUGUAACCAGUGUCACAGGUGCCAGCGUUAGUAGCGAGAUGAGCAAUGUCAGUGACUCCAUGUACGCUGACAUGGAAUUUCGUCUUCGUCAACUCGAAGAAGAACAGGCAGCGAAGAGAGAUCCAAAGACGGUUUCGAAAAAGAAGGCGAACAAAAAUCAGGUUGUUGAACAAGCAGAUGACAUUCCAGCGGGAAAAAUAAUUCAGGAUCUUGCACAUGCAUUAGUUGAAGCAACAUCACGGGAAAAAACAUGUCAUCCAGUACAACCUGUGUAUCUCCCUAGUAGUAUUUUAAAAGGCAAGUCGUCUGAUUCCAAAGAACCGUCUGAUGGCAUUUUCGUUCUUGACAGUAAUACAUUACCUGAACUUGCAAAAUACUUGGCAACAUUUUCAAACUUAAACAACGAAAACACUGAAGGUGUGGUUAAUCAAGGACUAGAGUUAUCACCCGAGGUUCCACCAUAUGAGUCUGUUGGAGCUAGGCCAAAAACUUCGAAUGUUGAGGAUAAUGAUGGUAGCGGCGUAGGCUAUGAUGAGGCACAACUUUGAUAUAUCCCUAGAUCUAAAACAAAUAUUUCUUUCGUAAGUGCUCUUGAAGCAAUUUCAUUUAUCGGGUACAUUAUUUACAUGAUUAUAUUGAGUGUUUGGUCUAGAUUAUUUGAAUAAACUGAUAAUUCUGAUCUAAGAUUGAAAAUCAGGGAUAGACUAAUGACGACCGUUAUGAUCCAUUGAAUACUUGAUCGCUUGAAUACUUGUAGUAUGUGAAAUAAUAGGUAUCAAUAUUAAGGGGCAUCAAUAUUUGCAAUGACAAUUCAUGGACAUAAGAAUUCGAAAUCUGAAAGAUGUAUGCGCUUUAUCAUUGAAUGUUUUUAAAGAAACUGAUUCCACAAAAGCCUUUUUGUUAUAGUUAGUGGAAGGUAUUUUACAAUGUUUAGUCUUUCAUUUAUAGCAUUGAACGGGAGUGUGCGAUACAAAGUGAAAUGUUUAUUUCAACCAUAAAUUUCCCAAUUAGAUAUUGCUUUGUUGUCAAGAUAAUCGUUUUCAUAUUUGACAAAAGAGUUUAACAACAUGUCAUUGUAAUGCAAUAACGGCAAUAUUAGACAAAGUAGCAAGUGACAAGCGCAAGCCACCAAAGAUUGUUCAAGCUUGUGUCAGAUGAUUUGUUUAUUUCGAUGGUUACAUGUGUAAAUCAUUUUAUGGAUCUCAAUAUAUUUUAUGGCUGGUCUGUUGAGAAUAUGGAGAAUUCCAGAACGUGUGUAUUUUAAGUUUAGAAUAUUGCUAACAAUCAGAGCAUUGCAAAAAGGGAAUUUUGAAGUGCAUGUAAUUUGUCGGGUUACUGCUAUGGUAAUAUUAUAGAGGAAAAUAAAUGGCUACGUAAAUGCACAUAAAUAUUGAUAAUAAUAACAGAAACGUUUACCAAUGGUUUGCAUCGGCAUGAAGAAUUUAACUUUUUUAUGGUCCAGAUGGCAUGGACACAUAGGCAAGCAAAGCUCUACUUUUAAACAUCGUCGCUGUCGAUUAGUAUUUUACGUUAACAUUGAUACAAAUGCCGGUAAAAUCAUGAUUGAUACAAAUGCAGAUUAAAGCGUGAUUUAUACAAAUGCCGGUAAAAGCGUGUGUGAGGCAAUUGCAGGUAAAACCGUGGUUGAUACAAAUACUGUUAAAAUCGUGAUUGAAACAAAUGCAAAAAAAUCGUGAUUGAUACAAAUGCAAUUAAAAACUAGAUUGACUCACACGUUGUUAUAUUAUCAUAACAUUGAAUUUCAUUUUUGCAAAUUCUUGUACAUUAUAUGAUAAGGAAACAUAGAUUAUUUCAUAUAUGAUAAUGAUAAUAUGGUUUAUUUGAAUAAAUGCAAAUUUUCAUAUAAGCAAUUAUAUGAAAAUAAUUUGAAAUAUUUCAAUAUGUCUGUCAAAUAAGUAAAUAAUAUAUGUAUGUAUUAUUGAGUUUCAAAGACAUGCUGUUCAAUUGACGAAGCAAUAUUUAACUUUAUGUAUUUCAUAACAUUUGUUUGUUCAGACGGGUCAUUGUUGCAUCAUUAUUGUUAAUCAAUUUCUUUAUUUGUUGUCAAUUAAAGG